GCAGCUGCUGUGGGGGACCCAAAAGCAGCUGCUGUUGUGAGAGAUGAGAACCUCUCCUGGGAGGAGUUCAAUGAAGUGACUUCUCACAUGAUCAGCAUGAUGAAAGUGCACAACUGGCCAGACAACUGUGUCGACAUGCACAUACACUUCUGGAAUGCACUCCAAAACCACUGGUGGUGCCAUUCACUGGACCACCUUAAGCAGUGUGCAUUGCUAUCAUAUCAGUCACAGCAGUGGCACCUCACCAUCAGA